CACGUGACUUUGUUUACUACGGAAACGCGCGAGCUAAAGCAACCGCUAGCAAACAGCGAGCUCGUCGUGACGAACAAACUCAAAAAUUGACUUGAAUGUGUUUUUUUUUUUUUAGUUUAUUCGAACAUGCAUGACACCGGGUAACAAUGUGGCUCAGCGACGCAGCGCCAACGUGUUAACUGCGCAACAUGAGCGUGUAUGUGUAUGUUUAAUGUGCCUUUUACGCGUUCUACACAUCAAAAUAGUCUUGCUAUGAGGUCGCUAAAUUACGUCCAACGUGUUAGUUUGGACUUCACGGGAACGCUCUUUCCUCACGCUAUUUGUUUAGGAGAUGCUGACAACGACACGCUAAACGAGCUGGUGGUGGGCGACACCAGCGGGAAGCUGCACGUCUACAAAAACGACGACUCCAAAGCGUGGCUCACGAGGAGCUGCAUGGGCAUGCUGACGUGCGUCGCAGUCGGAGACGUGUGCAACAAAGGGAAGAACUUUGUGGUAGCUGUGGGUGCUGAGGGCUGGUUUCACCUCUUCGACCUGACCGGCGCCCCCGCCGGCAAAUCGGAUUCGUCGAGCCUGCAUGACGCUCUCUCCCUGGACGAGCAGAAGCCCUUCUUCACGCAGCACAUCCCGGCCAACACCAAAGUCAUCCUCAUCAGCGACAUCGACGGGGACGGCCGCAGCGAGCUGGUGGUGGGCUACACCGACCGAGUGGUGCGGGCUUUCCGAUGGGAGGAGCCCUCGGAUGGUUCUGAUGUUGGGUCCGGUCAGCUGGUCCUGCUGAAGAAAUGGCUCCUGGAGGGACAGGUGGAUAGCCUCUCCGUGAACCCGGGUCCCGAGGGCCUGCCGGAGCUGAUGGUGUCCCAGCCGGGCUGCGGCUACGCCAUCCUGCAGUGCUCCUGGACGCAGCAAGACUCCCCCCAUAGCGGCGGUGGCGACGCCGAGGACGCGUCUGCCACGCCCGGGAGCGAGGGGCCUUCCAGAGAUGUAGUUCUCCAUCUGACCACUGGGCGGAUCCACAACAAGAACGUGUCAACGCACCUCAUUGGAAGCAUCAGCAAAGGAUCAAAGGAGGAGUCUUCCAAAUGUGGCCUCUUCGCUCUCUGCACGCUGGACGGAACCUUGAAGCUGAUGGACAGUUCCGAGCAGCUGCUGUGGUCGGUGCAGGUGGAUCAUCAACUGUUCGCCCUGCAGAAGCUGGACGUCACGAGGGACGGCCGGGAGGAGGUGGUGGCGUGCGCCUGGGACGGCCAGACCUACAUCAUCGACCAUAACCGCGCCGUGGUGCGCUUCCAGUUUGACGAGAACGUCAACGCCUUCUGUGCGGGUCAGUACACGUGCAAGGAGGGCAAGAACAGCCCGUGUUUGGUGUACGUCAGCUUCAACCACAAGAUCCACAUCUACUGGAAGGUGCAGCUGGAGCGCAUGGAGUCCACCAACCUGCUGCGCGUGCUGGACCAGAGGUCGGAGUUCAGAGGUCAGCUGGAGACGCUGGGAAUGGGUGGUGCUGACCCGGCGGCCGUCCGAGCUCUGCUGGCUGACGUUCUCUACAAGGACGCCGUCACUUCUUGAGCGCGUGGCGGCAAUCAACGCUGACGAGCUGCUGAAAGGAGCUCUUCAAUCACGCUGCCGGCCCUCCUCCUCCUCCAUUUAUUUUGAAUGUCAGUCAAAACACAUUUCAUAACAUCGUGCUCCCAAUGGCUGCUCACAUGUAAGCCAUCAAUAUUUGUCUUAUUUGAAUAUACUAAUAUUCUGACCCUGCUAUAAAGAUCACAUAUCCAAUAUAAAAGUGUUCACUUUCACCAAAGACAGCGCCCCUGUACCUAAUGAAGUGACCACUGCUGCAUUGGUGUGCUUACUAAUGUUAUUGUGAGGCGGGGUUUUUCUCCCUAAAUGAUCAUAAAAGGGCACAGAGGAGGCGGAACUUUCUGAUCCCAGUCUGGUUCUGACCCAUUAAGACAAUAUGACCCCACCUCAUCCCUAUUUGGAGCAAAACGGCGUCUGCUUGCUUGUUGGUUGCAAAAUAAAACACAAAUCAAAAACCAUGUCGAGACCUGUAACAGUCCAGCUCUGACGUAGCUUCGGCGUGUGGGUGUAAUGUCUAUUACAGGUCACACACACACUCGGUCAGAUGUGCGUGCAAUGUUGCAGCCGCACAGGCCGCCGCACGCCCUCCAGGCCGCAUCUUACUGCUUUGUGGGGGAAAAAAAUCCUUGUCUGCUUGGUGGGCCACAGUUUGAUGUAGGAGUCAAUACUCUUGCAUUAAAUGCAAGUCUGAUGAUGUACAAAACCCAAAAGCAGUGAAGUUUUCACGUUGUGUAAAUGUUAAAUACAAACCCCGUUUCCAUAUGAGUUGGGAAAUUGUGUUAGAUGUAAAUAUAAACGGAAUACAAUGAUUUGCAAAUCCUUUUCAACCCAUAUUCAGUUGAAUAUGCUACAAAGACAACAUAUUUGAUGUUCAAACUGAUAAACAUUUUUUUUCUUGCAAAUAAUCAUUAACUUUAGAAUUUGAUGCCAGCAACACGUGACAAAGAAGUUGGGAAAGGUGGCAAUAAAUACUGAUAAAGUUGAGGAAUGCUCAUCAAACAC